AUGAAUCCAAUCACAUAAAUUACUAUUAUGGAUACAAUCAUUAAAGUGAUAAUUAAUGGUGAAAAUGCUAUUAUCAUUGUAUUAUUGCAAUAACUAGCAUUAUUUUUGACAAGAUUAUAAACCCAUUUCGAUACCUAUAUUAACUAAUGUAAGGCAAUGUAUAUUCCUAAUACUAUAAUGAAUCCACAAGCUAAAAAUGCAACAAUGAAAACUACCGCUAAAUAAAAUAGUAAAAUAAAUAUCAUUUUAAAUGAUAACUACUAAAUUACAUUAGCAAAAAUGUGAA